AGGUAUUACACGUCCUACCUCCGCAAUACUCAUCUGGUUUAUUAAUCCCUUACACCCCAAAUGGCAGACUGCGCUCCUCACAGUGUAAUCUGUGAAUGCACCUCAAAUCUAUGGGUGACAGGGCUUUUUCUGUUCAUGCUCCUUCACUUUGGAAGCCCAGACUCUUAAAAUAAAGUAUUUUAUUAUUAUUACUUAUGUCCCCACCACUUUUCAACACAAAGAGACGCCCAUGAGUAGGGUGUCCACAUACUUUUGGCCAUGUAGUGCAAGACCAGAAAUACCAUGUUUUUAUGUGAAAAUGCUUCAUGAUUCAUUAUUAAAUCUGUAAAAGUGGUCAGACUGUGCAGCUGUUGAAAGACGCGUCUGUGCCGCCAACUUGCGUCCUGCAGAGGAAGGUCAUUUUACACAGACACUCAGGUUUUUGGCCUGUAAAGCAUCGGACUUCCUUUGGUCAAAGGAAUAUUUAUCGGUAUUUCAGUUUUUUGGAAGCUUUAUGUUAUUUGUAACGUGGUUGUAUGGACAGAAAUAGUGUUUUGAAGAAAAAAGUCAACAUGUAACUAGUAAAUAUGGCAAAAACAUGGACACCGCCUGUACAUAUAUUUCUUUAAAACUACCUGCUGUGUUUCUUUUCAUCAUAUUUAUAGUUACAGUUGUUGUCCAGGAUAUUCAGUUUCAUUAUUAACUGCAGGAUGAUGGUUUUGAUGGUGAUAUUGCCUUUGAAAUAUAGAUUUUAUACCAGGCAAGGAUGAAAAUAUAUUUUCCUUUAUUGCAUCUUCAUUUACUCUUUAAUAGAAAAUAAGUUAAUUUAUAUUCCUUAGCGUCUGACCUGAAAGAAACAAAACAAAUAUCUCAAGCGCUUUAAUUUCUUUAAUCCUUGUUUAAUUUCAGCUGAACAGAAGCUGAAAAACAACUCAGUCUGUGAAGCUCAAACUGAUUUGACUGUCAAACUAACAGCUGAUCCUCAUCAGCAUCAUCUCCUCCUCCUCCUCGGCUGUCAGAUGAAUGUAGUGAAGUCAAAAGUACAAGAUCUCCCUCUGAGUGGUACUUAAGCACAGCACUUGUACUUAGUUACUGCCCACCUCUGACAUGCUUCUUAUGGAAAUCUCUUCCUGAUGGCGUUUGACUGACAAAUCUGUCUCCGAAGGAGAGACGAAGGACGAGAUUCAGAAAACAUUCGGCUGCUGGCGACCGGCGAGCAGGUACUUGUUUGGACUCAUCGGAGGUGAUCCAGGUGCCACCAUGUGUCCUGGGCUGCUGCUGCUGCUGCUGCUGCUGCUGCUGCCAGCACUGAACUCAGAAUUCACGGCCUCUCUACCUGAAGACAACACUGGUCGGGCAUUCAUUGUUGCUUUUCCAGAGAGCAUUGCCUUCUAUUAUCCCAGUCCGUCCCAGAACACGGUCCAAAUCACUGCCUUGUAUAAUGAUACUGAGGUCAACAUCACAUAUACUAAUAAUAAUAAUAAUAACUAUAUGCCAAUCCAAAAAUCAACACUGAAGGCAGGAGAGACCACUGAAGUCAUAGUUAGUGCAACCCUGGAGCUCUCGCAGUCACCACCCUCCUCUCCUGUCCUCAACACUCUGAAAAUUACCAGUGCCAAAAAUAUUACCGUCAGUGCCGUCUACCGUAAAAAGAGCAUCCUCCAGACUGCUCUGGUCGUACCUAUGGACCAACUGGGCACACAGUACCUCAUCCCGCCGAUACCCAAGGUCAAUGGAACCAGUUACCCUGCAGAUAUGGUCACGACAGAUGUAACCGAAAGAAACCCAUUCAAACUCAUUUUCGUCAAUGGGGACAAAGACAACAUCGUAACUGUUAAUGGUGCAAAAGGCCAGAAAUUUAGUGUUCAGCCCUACGAGGUCGCUCAGAUGUGGGUAACAGAAGACGACAAAUUGACAUCUGUGAACGCCAACCAGCCGGUGGCGGUCCUCUUUGGUCACACCUGCGCCAUCCGGGAAAAGUGCACCUGUGGGAUGCUGUACACGAUGCUGCCAGCAGCCAACCAACAGAUGGACACGUUCUACAUUCCUCCUGUUCUGGCCAAGGGUGCUGAAGAUGACACAUUUGUGCUUCUGUCAGAGAAAGGCUCCACCACCAUACAGGCCUUCGAUCCAAACAAGCCACUAGUUGAGACAACCGGCACAGUCGUCCUCUACCGUCCGGGCUUACUCCUCACUCUGAUACCAGAGAUGGACUUCGCCGCCUGUUAUGUAAUCAACUUAAAGAACCUCAACCUCGACCUCAACGUGCAGAACUUCGCCGUUAUCGUGGUUCACAAGGACUUCACAGAUGGGGUUCAUGUUGGAAGGCUUUCUUUGAAGAAUCCACAGUGGCAGAUGCUGAAUGGAACAAACUAUGUCUCAACAUAUGUUGUUCUGCAGCCGGAUUCGUUGGGUAAGGGCGUCAUCUGGCACGCUUCUUCCACCAUGGCUGUCUACUUUGUGGGAAAUACGACAGGAGCUCUGUUUGGGAACCCAGCAGCCAUCAUCAGCAAAACCCCAGAUUUCUGGGGUUGCGCCUUGAGGCCAGAGAUCAUAAAAAUUGGAGAACAGGCGCUUAGCUGGCAGGCAUCCAUUAAGUACUGCAGUGGCAAAAACCUAAAGCUGGUCACCCUCAACAACGCCCAACUCCAGGAACACGUCUACAAUGAAAUCAUCGAGGCCAAGAAUGCCAGCCUGCAGGAGGUGUGGAUCGGCAUGCGCCGGAGCUCCCUGACUGGGGAGUGGUACUGGCUGGACCAGACUCCAGUCAGAUACACCCACUGGGCGGAGGGGGAGCCCGGCGGGGUGUCUGAUGGCCAGUGUGCUAUCAUGAGUCUGAACAGCGAGGCGUCUGGCUGGCGUGACAAGGACUGCUGUGUGGCCACUCGUCCCGUCUGCUACAGAGAGCCCAUCCUCUUAUUCAAUUAGUGGGAGGAUCCUUUCCAAAACCACAAAGCUGUGGAUGUUUUUAGUACUAUUAGCAUAACCAGCUAUUUCCAAUAAUAUUAUAGUUUAGAUUAAAGCAAACUUGGGAUUUGUAGCCCAGAGGAAGGACAACUGGGUUGAAAAUGUAACAUCAGCUUUAAGGUCUUUGCACAAAAAACCUUAAGAUAAGAUUUUUCUUAAAGUCUGGGUUAAGGUUUCCUUAAAAUACAUUUGGUUGCACAAAACACCCUUAAAUCUUCUCCUUAAGGUUUUCUUAAAAUCUUCACUUAAGUAUUUGAGGUUUUCUCCUUAUCUUGGUCUUAUACUUAAGGAAUCCCUUAAGUGUGUUAAACCGUUGCAUAAAAGACCUCAGCAACCAAACUAAGGAAAAGAAUUUAAGGGACCUCUGACUUUAUCUUAACUGCAACACGGUUGACUUUAUGGAAAUUUACAUAUCCUGAGAAGAGUUCCACGACUGGGAGAAUCCAAUAGAUCCGCUAAACAAUGAGCAAAACAUCACUAGCUAGCUAGCAAUCCAGUCUAGUUUCGAUCUAUAGCGUAAAUAAAGUUAUUCUCACCAGUUUUAUUGGGUUCCCUCUUUUUUUGGCAACAACAUACUUAUUAUAUGGAUCUCCUGGAUGAACCUCUUCACAAGACUUCUAACUUGUCUCAGUUACCUGGAAGGUCAUUGAACUCUUGUGGGUUCGGCUAGUGACUCCAAGCUAGACCUGUCUUACCUUUCCCUGUUACAUCAAUUAAGCCCCCUAACAAAUAUCUUUAACAGCUUUAACCAUCUGAAAUUUUCAAAUCUCAAAUAAGCAGCCAACACCUGCAGCAGGUAAACAGCAUCACCGGUUUAUGAGCUUUUUAGGCUUUUAGAUGCAGUUAUAAAGAAAAGAACAGCAUAUAUCAGUUACAGGAAAACCAUUAAUGCUGAGUGGAAUGGGAAUAUGUAGCUGUGGCCAUCUCACCUGCUGGCUUUUCUUUAAAGGUUUGUGGCUUUUUGGCAUUUAUAUGGCAUGAUAAUAUUUAUAUGGUGAAAUAAAUGUCAAAGUAAGAUUCUGGUCUUAACUCAGAUUUGAUGGGAAAUGUACUCACUGAUUUUUGGCCUAACUGGCUAAUGUAGUAGAUAUUGAUUAGGAAUGAAUUGAGUGUUUAAAUGGAGUCUGUGAUCUGAUUGGCUUAAGGACAUAAUAUCCAUCUCUUUUGUGUCUUUAAUUCAGCAGCAGCUUGUAUUUCAUUAUUAAAAAUAGCUUUAAAUUUCAGAUGUAGGUAGAAAACACUGCCUGGACCAUUAAAUCCA